UCAGAACAGAUCCCUGGGAACCACCACCGCCGCCUACUGGCAACAUCCGGGACUUUGUCUACAAACUCCGGGUGACCCGACGUACGAGCCGUUGGGUUUAUUUUGAAACGUACGCUCAACCAAUCAGUCGGCGCCUGCGGGAAGGCGGUGGAGAGCAGUAACCAAUCACCGCCCCGCUGGAAACUCCAGCCUAUGAGAAGGAGGUUGACAUCACGAGCCAAUCGCCAUGGCUCUUAGAGAGAGCGGUUCACUUUUUGAAUUGGCUGUGGCGGUGAGCUGUGAGGGAUGGCGGUAGCGGUGAGAAGAAUCGGUGCUUGAAGUGGUGAACUUCCAAGGCUUUUUUGAGAGUGCUAACGUUUAAGAGCGUAAACAUGGCUGACAGUAGUUUAUUAACAUCUGCUGCUGGGAGGACUAGCUUGGCCGAUUCUUCUAUUUUUGAUUCUAAAGUUACUGAAACAUCUACUACGUAUGUUGAAGAAGAAAUGCCUCAGAUUGAAACAAGGAUGAUAUUGGUUCAAGAAGCCGGAAAACAAGAAGAACUUAAAAAGGCCAUAAAGACUAUUAAAAUAAUGGAAGUCCCUGUUAUAAAGAUAAAAGAAAGUUGUCCUGGAAAAUCGGAUGAAAAAUUAAUAAAAAGUAUUAUUAAUAUGGAAAUUAAAGUGCCCUUUGUAAAGAUGGAAUCAGUGGAAGAAUUUGAAGGCUUGGAUUCUCCAGAAUUUGAAAAUGUAUUCAUAGUCACGGACUUUCGGAAUCCUGUCUUUAAUCACUUAUACAAGGCUGAUUGCAGAAUUAUUGGACCACCAGUUGUCUUAAGUUGUGCACAGAAAGGAGAGCCUUUGCCAUUUUCAUGUCGACCACUCUAUUGUACAAGUAUGAUAAAUCUGGUGCUAUGCUUUACAGGAUUCAGGAAGAAAGAAGAACUAGUCAGAUUGGUGACAUUGGUCCAUCAUAUGGGUGGAGUUAUUCGAAAAGACUUUAAUUCAAAAGUUACACAUUUGGUGGCAAAUUAUACGCAAGGAGAAAAAUUUAGGGUUGCUGUGAGCCUGGGUACUCCUAUUAUGAAGCCAGAAUGGAUUUAUAAAGCUUGGGAAAGGAGGAAUGAACAAGAUUUUUGUGCAGCAGCCGAUAACUUUAAAAAUGAGUUUAAAGUUCCUCCAUUCCAAGAUUGCGUUUUAAGUUUCCUGGGAUUUUCAGAUGAAGAGAAAACCAACAUGGAAGAAAUGACUGAAAUGCAAGGAGGUAGCUAUUUACCAGUUGGAGAUGAAAGAUGCACUCACCUUAUAGUUGAAGAGAAUAUAGUAAAAGAGCUUCCGUUUGAACCUUCAGAGAAGCUUUAUGUUGUUAAGCAAGAGUGGUUUUGGGGAAGCAUUCAAAUGGAUGCCCGAGCUGGAGAAACUAUGUAUUUAUAUGAAAAGGCUAAUACUCCUGAGCUCAAGAAAUCGGUGUCACUGCUUUCUCUAAAUACCCCAAACAGCAAUCGCAAAAGACGUCGUUUAAAAGACACACUUGCUCAGCUGUCAAGAGAAACAGACAUGUCACCAUUCCCUCCCCGUAAGCGCCCGUCUGCUGAACAUUCCCUUUCUAUCGGGUCACUCCUAGAUAUCUCCAACACACCAGAAUCUAGCAUAAACUAUGGAGAAACACCAAAGUCUUGUACUAAGUCUUCUAAAAAUUCCACUCCAGUUCCUCUAAAGCAGUCAGCCAGGUGGCAAGUUGCAAAAGAACUCUAUCAGACUGAAAGUAAUUACGUAAAUAUAUUGGCGACAAUAAUUCAGUUAUUUCAGAUUCCAUUAGAAGAGGAAGGGCAACGUGGUGGACCUAUCCUUGUACCAGAAGAGAUUAAGACUAUUUUUGGUAGCAUCCCAGAUAUCUUUGAUGUGCACACUAAGAUAAAGGAUGAUCUUGAAGAUCUUAUUAUCAAUUGGGAUGAGAGCAAAAGCAUUGGUGACAUUUUUCUUAAAUAUUCAAAGGAUUUGAUAAAAACCUACCCUCCCUUUGUAAACUUCUUUGAAAUGAGGAAGGAAACAAUUAUUAAAUGUGAAAAACAGAAACCAAGAUUUCAUGCUUUUCUGAAGAUAAACCAAGCUAAACCAGAAUGUGGACGGCAAAGCCUUGUUGAACUUCUCAUCCGACCAGUACAGAGGUUACCCAGUGUUGCACUACUUUUAAAUGAUCUUAAGAAGCACACAGCCGAUGAAAAUCCUGACAAAAGCACUCUGGAAAAAGCUAUUGGAUCACUAAAGGAAGUAAUGACGCAUAUUAAUGAAGAUAAGAGAAAAACAGAAGCCCAAAAGCAAAUUUUUGAUGUUUUUUAUGAAGUAGAUGGAUGCCCGGCUAAUCUUUUAUCUUCUCACCGAAGCUUAGUACAACGAGUUGAAACAGUAUCUCUAGGUGAGCACCCGUGUGACAGAGGAGAGCAAGUAACUCUCUUCCUCUUCAAUGACUGCCUGGAGAUAGCAAGGAAACGACACAAGGUUAUUGGCACUUUUAGGAGUCCUCAUAGCCAUACCCGACCCCCACCUCCUCUAAAGCAUAUUCAUCUAAUGCCUCUUUCUCAAAUUAAGAAGGUGCUGGACAUAAGAGAGACGGAAGAUUGCCAUAAUGCAUUUGCCUUGCUUGUGAGGCCACCAACAGAGCAGGCAAAUGUGCUGCUGAGUUUCCAGAUGACAUCAGAGGAACUUCCCAAGGAAAGCUGGCUAAAGAUGUUAUGUCGACAUGUAGCCAACACCAUUUGUAAAGCAGAUGCUGAGAAUCUUAUUUACACUGCUGAUCCAGAAUCCUUCGAAGUAAAUACAAAAGAUAUGGAUAGCACGUUGAGUAGAGCAUCCAGAGCAAUAAAAAAGACUUCAAAAAAGGUGACAAGAGCAUUCUCUUUCUCCAAAACUCCAAAAAGUGCUCUCCGAAGGGCUCUUAUGACAUCUCAUGGCUCAGCUGAGGGAAGAAGUCCUCCCAGCAACAACAAGCAUGUAGUGAAUCGUCUGACUAGCACAUCAUCAUUAGCAGGUAUCCCAUCCCCCUCCCUUGUCAGCCUUCCGUCUUUCUUUGAAAGGAGAAGUCAUACUUUAAGUAGAUCUACAACUCAUUUGAUAUGAAGCUUAAAAGAUUUUAUAUUAUAGAAACUUAAAAACACGUCGUACUCAAACAAUAAAACUGACGUAAAUGGUACUUGUCAUUAGCACUUGGCGAAAGUUGGAAAGACGAUAGGUAACACUAAACUAUGCCAUUUGAUUUUCUUUUUGAAAAGUAAUGUUUACCUCUUACAUUUUCAAAGUUAAUUCAUGUAAAAACUGAUAGUGAUUUUGAUGUAAUUUAUUUCUUUGCUCGAAUCCCUCGUUUGAACACCAAUAAUUUAUUGAUGACAUCAGUAGCUUUGUACCCCUGAUACAGCCAAUAACUUUUAUUGGUGGGUACCAGAUACUGCUGUGAAUCUACUUGUAUAUUGUCCAUCAGUGAAUUUAUGGAAAUAUGUAUUUGUGUAUCUCAAUUUGUGCAGAAAUUAAGUGAUAUUAUAAUACUUAAUGGAUAAAAAACCUGCAUAGAUCCCGGAUUAAAUAGUGGGGCCUUAUUUCACACGUGUUAUUUGAAGUAGUUAUUUAACUGCUGCUUUUACAUAGUUUAUUUUCUUCUCAAACGUUUUCAAGAUCUAGCAUAUGAAUUUGAAAAGCGUUGUUCUCAUUAACAAGAAAAACAGUUAAAGGAGAUUGUUUCAAAAUACUUUUGUAAAUUGAGGUAAGCCCAGAAAGAUUUAAAAUUUUUGUAUAUUUUGCACAAACAAUAUUGGUGUAUACUUACAGCUGUUUCAAAGACAAUGUAUUUAUGGUGAUUUUUAGUCACUAGCAAAUCCUAAUUUAGUUUGAUGGUGGGUAGAAUUUUAUCUUGAAGGACAAGAGUAUAGGAAAAUUGUGGUAAAGAUUCUUUAUAUCCUCUAUGAAAUAACUCUAAGGUUGCCAUUAGUUUUUCCAGUCUACAACAGAAUGCAUAGAUAUGUGUAUGGUCAGCUUUUUAUUAUGAAUUUAUGAUUAAAUGUAGAAUUGAAAUACAUUUAUUUCCUGUUGUAAAAUAUUUUUCAAGUCUGGAAGUUAUCUUUCACAAUAGUAUUUUUUUUUUUUAAUUAAACAGUAGUACAAAAUAAUCAAGUUCUUAUGAAUAAAUACAUUUUUUUCCUACCUGUUUAAGGAAUGGCGCAAAAGUUUUAUUGCCGUUUAACAAUUCUCAAUUAUCUGUUUUAUGUACCGCUUUUGAGGAUAGGAAAUGGUCCUUUAUUGCUGUACUUUAAAAGCAGUUGUAUUAGUAAGAACUUUGUAAAUAAAUACUCAAAAACCUAAGGAUAUUUAAUGUCUCAUGUUUUAAUUCAC